AUGUGUCUGGUACCAAGGAUCUACAGAGGCAUGGCGAUUAUCUACGACAGGGAACCUGUACUUCCUCAACAGCCACGAGUACCGAUCGGUAUUGAAAACGAUCUCGAAGGCUACUUCGGACCCCCUCUUGAAAAGCUGCUUUCGCCGCAACUCCAUCUCCAACUACAAGCAAUGAAAACUAAACAGCAGGAAGCACAGAGAAGAGCGAGAGAAUCUGAAGCUGAAGAGGCAUUUCAGGAAUGUGAACGCGAGCUGGAAGACGCUUUGAAGGAAUUAGGCCAUAUCAUUCGCGAUAAAAAGGAAGACGAUGUGCGCUGCAGUGUUUUCAAAGUGCGGCGGGGAAUGCUAUCGGUGGUCGGUCCGUUGGAGCAUUAA